AUGAUUACCCUCCUCUCCCCGCACUUCAAGCUCGAAGAGGUCUCCGAAGAUGACAUGGUCAUUGCAUCCCUGGCCUGGGGCUUCACCCUCGGCUUCGGCUGGCUCACGAUAUGGACGGCGGUCAAGCAGACGACCGCCAUGUAUAGACGCCAAGGCGACCGCAUUUACCGGAAUUCCUACAUUUGGAUGAUUUGGUUGGAGAUCCUCGUGUGUAGCAUCUUUAGCAUCAUUUGCUGGUUGCAUCUCAAAGGCAUCAUACCGCCAAGCUUCGCAUUCUACUUUUGCAUUUUGACCACUUGGGCUCUCCAGGUUCAGUUCCUUCUUCAAAUCAUCAUCAAUCGAUGCGCCAUCCUCCUCACCAACCAGAAGCAGGCAUGGCGACUGAAGGUGGGCGUCGCCGUGCUCAUCACCGCCAUCAACAUCUCCGUCUACAACAUCUGGGUGCCGGCUCGGUUACAGAUAUCAGAAAGAUAUAUUGAAAUCAACGAGUGGUGGGAUCGCUGCGAAAAGGUCAUUUACCUCAUCGUCGACGGCGCUCUAAACAUUUACUUUGUCCGCAUCGUCCAGAAGAACUUGGUAACCCACGGACUCACCAAGUACAAACGACUGACGCAGUUCAACAUGUUCAUCAUUGGGUUUUCUCUGAGCAUGGACGUGCUCAUCAUUGCUAUGAUGAGUCUCAACAACACAUUUGUUUACAUGCAGUUCCACCCGCUGGCCUACAUGGUAAAACUCAAGAUCGAGAUGUCGAUGGCCGAGUUGAUUGGCAAGGUUGCUCGGAAACGCGAUCUCGGCAUAUUAUCCGCCGCGGGCUUCAACGGAACCCGGGACUCGUACCAACCAUCCGAGUACAGCUUGCAAUUACCCACCUACGCGAGAGGACGUCCCGUCGGCGGAAUCGACGCUGCGAUCAGUCACCCACCGCCGAAUCCAAUCGAGCUCAACCCCGUCGCGAAGCCCAAGCUACCCGCCCUACGAGGUGUCAACGUCGCCGCCGUCAGCUCGGGCCCCAGCAGCCGGAGACCCUCGAUUGGUGCCGCGAAUGCCACCGACGCAGAUGGACAGCCCAAGAUGGCGAUAUACAGGACGCGGGAGGUGGUGGUCGAAAUCGAAAGGGUCCCUCCCAGCCAGGGUCAUCAAGCAAGCACGAGUCAGGCGAGUCAGCUCACGCUCGACGACUCGUUCGACAUCACCAAUUACGAGGACAAUGCUUCCACAAAAGGUCUCCAGAAUGCGCAAAAGUCCCUGGCAUUACCCAAUUUCCAGGCCCCGUGGGCUACGCAAGAAUUUAGCACAAAGAUAUGGGACGGCACGAAUUGCGACGAGGAUCCCACCUUGCCGACGACCAUCGCGAAGAUUGGAUCAUGGCCAAAGGACACUUGA